AUGAAGUUCGCAUCAAUCGUCACCGUUCUAUCUAUCUCUUCAAUGGUAGCAGCAGCCCCCAUCAUCGAGCCACGUAACCUCAUCCCGGGACUCCCAAGACCAAUGGAAGCCGUCGAAGCUCUAUACCCUGGCUCUGGUGUCCCGAAGCUCGCGAGCAAGCUGGAGAAGACUCUCAACCUCUGUAUGUACAUCUGA